CUGCGCGGCACAUAUCAACCAGUUUCACCGAGAUCGCACACUCGAAGCAAAAACUGAAUGAAAAUUGCAUUCUCUGUUUUGAUCUCUCAGCAUAAAUUCUGUUUGUGUUUUCCCUGUUUUCUGAACGAGAGUGGAGAAAAGCCGGAGAAUGCUACAUGCGCACAGGGUCAAGAUUUAUGUCACCUUUUUUGCAGCACGGUAUACUUCUAGCAGACAUAUCGGUGCGGUCAGAAUAGUGGAUUGCAUUUCGUUCUGAAUACAAUUUACAGUGAUUUAAAGAUUAAUAUGAGGUGUAUAGUGCGAUAUUCGAGUUCUGAAGACUGAGAAUACGACAAGUAGUUCGCACUCGUGUAUCAAGAUGGAAAACAAUUUGCUGAGGGAAGGCGUAUAUGAAGUUACCUAGACACGAAGAGAUUCUUCUUGAUAUCGAUUUUAUGCAUGAUAGGAAACUAUGUAUCUGAAGAAAAACUUGUAUUUUCCUUCUGAGUGAUCGGAAUCCAUUAGAUUAGUAGUUCGUUGAACAGGGACAGAUUAUUGGCUGUGCAAUUGUUCCGGAUAUCUUUGGCAAUUAAUUGUAGGAACAAUGAUGGAGGCCACAGAAAACGGUGGAAAUUCAUCGUACGAACCGUUAGAGGGGCGACGAGCGUUCGAUGCAUCUGACAGUCCAGAAAUGGAAGGUGGUGGUCCCCCGAAGGACCGGAAAAAAUUGGUGUUUUUCGCACUGAUGACUGCCGGCGUCGGCUUCGUUCUGCCAUAUAACAGCUUCAUCAUUGCAGCUGACUAUUGGCAGUCUCGUUUCCCUGGACAAUCUGUCGCCUUAGAUAUGUCCAUGACAUACAUCAUCGUAGCCCUUUGUACUGUACUGCUCAACAACGUAUUUUUGUCGCUGGCGCCAUUCCGCGUUCGUGUUGCAUUUGGUUACGCGGUUUCGUUUACUACCCUAGUAUUUGUAGCCCUUUGCGAGGUGGCAUGGCACAUGUUCACAGCGAAAACGGCGUACUCCGUGAAUCUGGCUGCCGUUUCGCUGGUAGCGAUGGGGUGUACAAUACAGCAGUCCAGCUUCUAUGGAUUCGCCAGUAUGCUACCGAAACAGUACACGCAAGCAGUGAUGGCAGGAGAAAGUAUCGCCGGAUUCUUGGUAUCCUCGAAUCGUGUUGUAACUAAAUUGCUUAUUAAAAGUGAUCGCGCAUCAACAGCAAUAUUCUUCUUAACGUCUACAGUAUAUAUUGCGUUUAGUUAUGUACUGCACUCGAUAACAACUCAUUCGCCAUUCGUGCGAUAUCACAUGAAGGCUUGUGCCAAAAUUGUUCUACGGCCUGAUGAUGAACAUACACUGAGCGAUACUAUAGAAGGCGAACUGUCGAAUGCACGGUACGGAGUACUGGCACUCGAAUCAAGCCCUCCGGUUCAUAUUCCGCCUGGUACCACUACGUUGAGCUUCAGUAACCCAGUGUAUGAACUUUCGAACCCAAGUGGAGGUGAAAACGUUCUUGAGACCAACAUAAACAAUUUAACAUCGACUACAACUAGUGUGACGACAAAUAACAACACUACGAAUCGUCCAAUAACUACACCAACGUCUGUUACAGCGUCUAACGAUGUUCCGAACGUUGCCUUCAAAGUUGAGCACGUGAUGACUCCAGAUAUUUGUAGUUCUGGUCGCUUCGGAAGCUUUCGAAAUGGUCUUGAGUCGAGAUGGAAGGUUGCUCAUGCGAUUUACCCGUAUAUGGCUUGUAUUGCUCUAGCGUAUUGUGUAACACUGUCUCUUUAUCCUGGAAUAGAAUCAGAGAUCAUCUCCUGUAAUCUAGGUACUUGGAUGCCCGUGCUGUUGAUGUUUACUUUCAAUACUUCCGACGUGGCAGGCAAAUUACUAGCAGCAGUUCCGUACAGUUGGUCUCGAAGACAAUUGAUCCUGAUGUCUGGCUUGAGAGCGUUACUUGUACCGUUAAUAUUACUAUGUUGUUCGCCUCGAGAACAACCUGUAAUCGCGGGAGAAGCAUCAGCAUUCGUUUUCACCGCAGCUCUUGGGGUAACCAAUGGUUUAGCUGGCAGCUUGCCAAUGAUGUUAGCUCCAGAUAAGGUGUCAGCAACACUGAAGGAAGUAACCGGUAACAUGAUGACGCUGUCAUACAACAUUGGUUUGACUGCUGGUUCUCUAGUGGGAUAUGUUUUCGAAUCAAUGCUAGGUCCCCAGUUGCCCAAUCCUUGCCCACAAUAUCCCUUCGUUCCACCAAAGCCGAACCAGCCACCAUUUAAUAACUUAAGUAUUAGUAGCACAACAACUACCACAACUGUUGCAGCAGCUGUCUUAACGACUUUAUCAUCGGCCAUCUUACAAUCAAGCACCUCAACCGUUUCUCCAGAAGUAUCCAGCAGCAUAUCAUUUCCAGUAACCUCAGUGCUACCGCAAUCAUCCACAAUAUUGAACGCAUUCUCAACUAGUGCGGAAUUAGAAGAUACUAGUCCGUUGGAUGCAAACAACUUAGUGACAAUAGCUACAAAGUUAAUAUAUAAUGCAACCCAGUCAGUGUUUGAUUCCACUACGGCUCGUUAGGCACAGGGCUGCUGGUUCCAGUAUGGUCUAGUUCGGACAAGUGUGCUCGGAGUAUGGUUAUAAUGCAUAGUAUGAUGUUAUCCAACGAAAAUGGAUGGUUAUGCUAAAGUGCUUAUUUGGAUUUCCACGUUGUAAGACUGCUGCAGUCGUAUAUUCGAGCAUAGAGCACAUGUUACUUCCACAAUAUCUCAAAACGCCCGAUGCUGGGUACCGAGACAACAAGAAAAAAAAAUAGAAGAGCUUUAAUCAACUAAAAUUCAUAUUGUUUUUCAUCUACUUUGUUGAUAUUUUCCUUCUACCUUUGAAACAUCUUAAGACCGUUUGGGUACUCAAAUUGAUACGAGCGCCCGGUGCAUGGCGUUUGAUAUUAUCAUUUUUGUAACAUAAUACUCCUAUUAGAACGUAAUGAAUGUACGUGAGGGUAUGCGACGGACACUGUAAUGCAUAUAGUGUAAAUGUUUAGAACUGAUGGGAUUGUACCAGCCACGAUAAUUGAAGAAACAAAUAACUUUAGCUAGAUGUUGGGAGCAUGAAUUUUGAGGAGAGCGAGCGCAUAUUUAUAUAAAGAUUGCUGCUGUAAACGUGAAAAGUGAAACCGUAGGAAAUAAUGUCAAGCAAGAUAAUUAAUAA